AAUAAAACAAGAGGCCCCUGAAAUCAUUAGUCUCAUUUAAAAAUGACACCGUGGGCCCAGUUCUUUCCCUGUUGAAGUGAGGGUAUGAGAUACAGGGAGUUCAGGGAAAAGCCCACUAUGGUUGGUGUGAAUGAGAUCUGAAUUAGUCUUCUUACACCUACUUUCCCUUUAUAAAUCAUUUUAAAUUUUUAAUUUUGCAAUAGUAUAUUUUAUAUUUACAUUAUUGUAUACAGACUUUUAAAUAAACAGGUGGGUUUCUAUGACAGAUCUACCCCUCCCCUUUUCUCUGCUUACAUUAUCCACAAUAUUUCUAGAGUGUGCAAAUAGUCCUUUUGAAAAAAAUAAUGAAACGAAGAAUACAGUGCAGCGGGAUCCUCAGACAGUUGGAGGCAUGCAUUUUUUUUAACACUGAGGGGAACUGAUCUGUGAAAGCAGUGGAUUCUUAGUUGCUUGAAAUCUUUCACCCCAGACUGGAUAUCUUUCUGUAGCACAACUGGAUGUUAUGGAUGUAGCUGCUGAAAUUCCUGGGUGUGGUUCCAUGGCCUGCGUUAUACAGAAGGUCAGACCAAAUGGCAGCAACAGCCCCUUCUGGCCUCUCUGGAUCAAGAGAAAAAACAUCCGUGACUCUUUGCAAGCCAAACACUGACUUGCCAGUGAUAUCAAAUCCAGUUGUGCUGUGUGUAUGGAAGUACACAUUUAUGCAAACAGGAAGAAUUGACAAAACCGUUAUAAAAUUACAAAAAACAACAGAUUUCUUUGCAUUUUAAUUAUAAUGACACUGUUGAUUUGAACCGGGGACAAAGGUUCUGUAUUUUAUUAAUGAGCUCUGCUAGCAUCUGCUCCAACAAACCUUCCCUUUCCCUUUCCCUUUCCCUUUUCCUUUCCUGUUAAGCUCUUCUAAUGUUGUUUCUCAAAAUGAUCGAAUCUCCCACCUUUACAUCAAAUGAGCAUUUGUGUGUGACGCACAUACAUGUUAUUUUUCAGGAGACCUGGGGAACAGAAACACUUGAAAAAUCUUCCAUCUCUGCAAUGGAUGCAUCUGGCAGUUGUGGCAUGUGGCGACCGACUGGAAGAGACCGUUACCAUGCUGAAAUCAGCAGUUCUCUUUAGCAACAGGAAGCUCCGGUUUCACAUCUUUGCUGAGGAUUCCCUUAAGCCAGAAUUUGAGAAGAAGUUCCAAGAAUGGCCUUCCUCAUACACCAGGAAGUUUGAAUACAACAUCUAUCCAAUCACUUUCUCAGUAGGAAAUGCUCAGGAAUGGAAAAAAUUAUUCAAACCAUGUGCUGCCCAGCGCCUCUUUCUCCCGGUCAUUUUAAAGGAUGUGGAUUCUCUUCUUUAUGUGGACACUGAUGUUCUCUUCUUGAGGCCUAUCGAUGACAUCUGGCGCUAUCUCAAAGAGUUCAACUCCACACAGCUGGCUGCCAUGGCCCCAGAACAUGAAAUACCAAAGAUAGGCUGGUACAGUCGAUUUGCUCGUCACCCUUACUACGGAACAACUGGUGUCAAUUCUGGAGUCAUGUUGAUGAAUUUAACUCGGAUAAGAAACACGCAGUUCAAGAACAGCAUGAUACCAACUGGCUUGACAUGGGAGGAAAUGUUGUACCCUUUAUACCAAAAAUACAAAAAUUACAUUACAUGGGGAGACCAGGACCUACUAAAUAUUAUUUUUUACUUUAACCCAGAGUAUCUCUACGUGUUUCCUUGUCAGUGGAACUACAGGCCAGAUCACUGUAUGUAUGGGAGUAACUGUAAAGGAGCCGAAACAGACGGCAUCUCUAUUCUGCAUGGAAAUAGAGGCGUCUACCAUGAUGACAAGCAGCCUACAUUCAAGGCAAUAUAUGAAGUGAUACGUGAUUUUCCCUUUGAAGACAAUCUCUUCCAAUCCUUGUUCUACCCUCUUCAGUCUAAGUUUCUGGAUACUGUACACACUUUAUGUGGGCGAAUACCACAGGUUUUUUUGAAGCAGAUUGAGAAAACAAUGAGGAAAGUUUAUGAAAAUCGUGUUGUUGUCCACGUGGGGGCCAACCACAGGUUCUGAACAGAGAUAACUACAUUUAAUAUGGUGGUUUUCAUCUUUGUAUCCAAAUUACUUGAGGCAGAUCAAUUAAAGCAACGUUAUCAGUUUAAAAUCCAUGUUAUAAACAAACACUUGUUUCGCCCUGUUUGGCUAAUACCCGCACAGAUUAUUACUACAAAAAGAGUUUUACAAGUCUCUUUAAAUGGUCACUACCUAGUUUCUUUUUUCACUUCCUGCAUUUCUCUUGCCUUGAACUAGGUGAGUUGAGGAUGUGACUUUCACUUCUGUUGAGUGAGUUUCACUUUCACUUUUUUAGGUUUGCCGUGGUUUAAACACUUUGGAGGAAUGCUUAUUUGUUUAAACACAGCCAUUUUCACUGCAGAUCUCUUUCAAUCUGGGAGCAUCUUUAUUCAUUUCAGAUUGUAUCACUUUUCUUCCCUCAACAUUGUAAUAUUGGGCUAGAUUUCUUUUGAUGGUGUCACUUCAAGGUAUUUGCCACUCAGAAGAUAUAAAACUUAAAAGAGAUAGGAACACACAUUCUCUGGUGUCAUGAACAUGUUCAGUGACAAGCUCUCAGGCCAUUAUGACAGGCUUAGUUAAAAGUGACUGCAGUAACAGGAAAACAUCUACUUAAAAACUGUAUUUCUGUUUGAAGGUGUUUACCUACUCUUGCUGCAGGAGGCACCUGAGGUGAAAGAGACUGGGAGUAAAGACGUGUCUCCAGGUGUUUACUCUCUGCAUUUACAGCAUUUUCCAUCUAGGCAGUGCCACUGUUUCCCUGUCUUGUUUGUGAGGGCCUUUCACGCGGGAAGAGAGGUGACAGCUGUUAAAGCAAGUAAGAAAACAUGCAGUAAACAGGAAGAGGAAUUUAGAGGUAGAUACAGUGCCUGGAAUUGGUGUUAAGUUACUUGAUAAAAGUGAGUGUUAUUC